CAAAGUUUCAUGCUUUCACAGCACGUGCGGUUUUGUGAAGUGUUUAUGCAGAAAAUAGUCGAAUUUAACCAUUUGAUUAGUGCAUACUGAGUUGCUUAAAUAUUUUAAUAAUGAAACCAAAAACUUCAAAGCGGAAACCUGAUCUUCAGAAUAUGUCUUUGGACGGGUUUUUCGAAAAUAUGGAUGCUGACCUAGGUGACGAUAACAGUGGGGAUACCGAUAAAGAAGCCUCUGCUGUUGCUCCUCCCAAAAAGAAAAAACUUCGACUGCAAAAACCAGAGAAGCUGGUGAAAAAAAAGCACAACGGCGUAGAAAAGAAGCCGGUGAAAAAAGGCAAAAAGAAGCAGCAGAAAACGGAAGCGGAUUCAAUGAAUGUAGAUUCCGACACGGAGGAAAUGGUUUCAGCAAAAGAAGGUGGUCAAAAAGAUGUGGAGAAAGAACACAAGCAGGCGUUGAAAAAACUGAAAGAUACUGAUCCGGAACUAUAUUCGUUUUUGAAGCAAAACGAUAAAAAACUUCUGAAAUUUGGAUCUAUGGCUCAGAGUGAUGAGGAUGCAACUGAAGACGAUGACAGCGGGGCAGAUGAUGAUGGUGAAGAUGCCGUACAUAAACUUCCUGAUAAACUGGAAGUUGCCAGUGACGAGAGUGAUCUUGACGAUGACAACGAUGAAGAGGAAGCAGAUGAUGAAGUAGACGCAACUCUUGAAGCUUCAGCACAGAAGAAGAUAACACUGAAACUACUGAAAAAAUGGACGGAGGAAUUAACAACGUCUCCCGUCAAGCUGGAAACUAUUCGAACCGUAUGCAAAGCUUUCAAUUCAGUUCUCGUCACAGUGACAGGAGAUAAGAGCGCAAUUCCAGCUUUUAGAGCAGACGGUUCCGCGAUUUUUAACGGUGUCGUUCAGCUUUGUGUGCUGCAUUUAGGCAAUGCUGUAAAGCAAUACUUGAACGUAAACAACACCAAGGACUUUAAAAAUAUAAAGAAAAACAAAAAGUUUUCUAAAGUUCAAUCCUGUCUUCGAACAUAUUUGACGGAUUUGACUAAUUUGUUGGAGAAUGUGUCGUCUAAUCACAUCAUGAAUGUGCUAUUGAAACAUUUGCAUCAGUUUUCAACUAUUUUGAUAUGUUACCCAUCGAUUACUAAACCGAUACUGAAACGAUUGAUUGUUAUAUGGAGCACGUCCGAGGAAGAAUCCAUUCGAGUGUUGGCGUUUCUCUGUAUUCUAAAAAUUACGUGUGCUCAGCUGCGACGAUUCUUGAGUGACGUGCUGAAAAAUAUGUACCUGGCAUAUGUUAAGAACAGCAAGUUUGUAAGUCCUAAUACACUGCCGGGAAUUAAUUUCAUGCGACGUUCGUUGACGGAGAUGUUUACCCUGGACCUGACUGUCUCCUAUCAACAUGUAUUUCUGUACAUUCGUCAGCUAGCUAUUCAUUUACGAAAUGCUGUCAUCCUGCAGAAAAAAGACAGUUUCACGUACAUUUACAACUGGCAGUACAUUAAUUCGCUGAAACUUUGGGGUGAUGUUUUGGCAGCAACCUAUGAUAAGAAGGAGUUAGAGCCAUUAAUCUACCCAUAUGUCAGCAUAACAACCGGUGUCAUCAAACUGAUUCCUUCAGCACAAUAUUUUCCGUUGCGCUUCCAUUGCUGUCGAAUGUUGAUCGAGCUAUCAGCUCGGACACGAGUCUUUAUCCCGGUCCUUCCCUUCGUAGUGGAAGUUUUGAACUCCAGUAGCUUCAAUGAAGAUCAUAAGAAGCUUUCUAUGAAACCAGUAAACUUGACAUGUUUGCUUCGUUUCGCUCCGGCAAACAUUCAAGAAAACGCUUACAAAGACGCAGUCCUGGAAUUAAUUUACGAGCUAUCUCUGGAGUAUUUGGCCCACGAAUCGAGCUCGCUUUGCUUUCCAGAUUUGGUUGUUCCAAUAGUUACCAUUUUGAGAAAGUUUUGCAAAACCACGAAAGUUUACAAAUAUUCUCGCAAAAUAAAGCAACUCACAGACAAAAUUACGGAAAAUAUCAAACUCAUCGAGACAGCGCGCAAGCGAAUGCCGGUCAAACUCAACGAUGUUUCAGCAAUACGAAGCUGGGAGGCAACUCGUCUGGCUGAAGGCACACCAUUAUGGUCCUUCUGGCAAGACUUUGCCAAAGAAAAUGAAAAGGCCAAACGCAGACAGGCCACACAGUCUGAAAAUAUCAGCGAUUACAAUCUACCGACGGUUAAAAAGAUAGACAAGAAACCCGUCUCGGUGCAGGAUGGACCAGCGGAGCUGUUCCCAUCGGAUGAUGACGAAGAGGAUGAUUCCGGCAACGGACCGGAACUGGAUUCGAUGGAGGAAUAUGAGGUGACGGAAGAGAGGAAAAAGCAGAAAAAACUUCCAAAAACGAAGAAAGGGCAGAAACCGACCGGGCAGGUGGAUAAAAAGCAGAAGAAGAAGAAAUCAAAGAAGACAGAUAGCAGCGAACAGGAAGCUGAUUUCCCUCUGGAAAAUACCGAAGCGAACGAGGCGGUGGAUAUUUUGAAAGAUUUAACCCUAGAUGAUUGGGAGUAAAAAUCAUUGUUGAAAAUGAUAGGUAAAUCUUUACCAUUUAUGUUU